AUGCCCCUGCUGACUGCACACAGGGACCUCCCUUGCCACCAACGCUCCUGCAGCCCGGUGAGCCAGCGCCUGUCCGGGCCCAUGGAGACGCCGCCGCCGUCGAAGGGCCUCUACUACCAAAGGGCGCGCCGCGUGGGCGCCCAGGCCGGCUCACCGGCGGCGGACCUCAACAGAGAGAUGCUGCUGAACGUGGGGGGCCGCAGGUACGUCCUGCCCUGGAGCACGGUGGACGCAUUUCCGCGGAGCCGCCUGGGCAAGCUCCGGCUGUGCCGCAGCUAUGCCGAGAUCACGCAACUCUGCGACGACUACGACCAGAGCAGCCAGGAGUUCUUCUUCGACCGCAGCCCCAGCGCCUUCGGGGCCAUCGCCAGCUUCCUGGCGGCCGGGAAGCUGGUGCUGCUGCGGGAGAUGUGCGCGCUGUCCUUCCGCGAGGAGCUCAGCUACUGGGGCAUCGACGAGGCCGGCCUGGAGCCCUGCUGCCUGCGCCAGCUGCUGCGGAGGCUGGAGGAGCGGGCCGAGCAGCGGCGGGAGGAGGCCCUGCACAGGGCUGAGGCCGCCCGCCCCGCCGCGCACGCCGCCGCCUCGCGCUGGGGUCGCCUCAUGGACCCGCUGCGCGAGAUGGUGGAGAACCCGCGCUCCGGGCUGCCGGGCAAGGUCUUCGCGUGCCUGUCCAUCCUCUUCGUGGCCACCACAGCCGUCAGCCUGUGUGUCAGCACCAUGCCCGACCUCAGGGCUGAGGAGGACAAGGGGGAAUGUUCUCCCAAAUGCUACUCCAUCUUCGUGGUGGAGACCGUCUGUGUGGCCUGGUUCUCCCUGGAGUUCUGCCUGCGCUUCGUCCAGGCCCGGGACAAGUGCCAGUUCUUCCAGGGACCCCUGAACAUCAUCGACAUGCUGGCCAUCUCCCCCUACUACGUGUCGCUGGCCGUGUCGGAGGAGCCGGGGGAGGGCAGUGGCGAGCGGCCCAGCAGCGGCUCCUACCUUGAGAAGGUGGGGCUCGUGCUGCGCGUGCUGCGGGCACUGCGCAUCCUCUACGUGAUGCGCCUGGCGCGCCACUCGCUGGGGCUGCAGACGCUGGGCCUCACGGUGCGCCGCUGCGCACGCGAAUUUGGCCUGCUUCUCCUCUUCCUGGGUGUGGCCGUCACCCUCUUCGCGCCGCUUGUCUACGUGGCCGAGAACGAGUCUGGCCGUGUGCUGGAGUUCACCAGCAUCCCCGCCUCCUAUUGGUGGGCCAUCAUCUCCAUGACCACGGUGGGCUACGGGGACAUGGUGCCGCGCAGCGUGCCGGGCCAGGUGGUCGCGUUGAGCAGCAUCCUCAGCGGGAUCCUCAUCAUGGCCUUCCCGGCCACGUCCAUCUUCCACACCUUCUCCCACUCCUACCUGGAGCUCAAGCAGGAGCAGGAGCGGCGCCAGGCCCGCCUCCGCCGCCUACACAGCGCCAGUGCAGCCAGCGAGCGCCAGCUGCUGCAGGACACGGACGACCACAUCCCCGAGGGCCCAGCCUCGCCCGGCGCCUACAUGUGCGAGCACCCUGCGCUAGAAUAA